AUGUUGGCCGAACCGAAUUACCAGGAUAUCUCGUUGUCGAGGGAAAUCGGGUUCAUGGUUCUUAUGUGUUUGUCCCAAUUACUUACCCAAGCUGCCGUGUCACAAACCAUGAUUUCCGCUGAUUACAUUGCACCCACAUUUGGAGUUAGUGGUAGCCCAGGUGAAAUUUCGUGGUUUUCUGCUUCCUUUUCAUUGACCGUGGGGACAUUUAUUCUUAUAUCUGGCAGGCUCGGCGACAUGUAUGGAUACAAGUUGUUGUACAUCGUAGGCUACAUUUGGUUCGCUGUAUUUUCGUUGGCUACCGGGUUUGCCGGAUUUGGCUCGUCAAGCGUAUUGUUCAACGUCAUGAGAGCUUUGCAAGGAAUUGGCCCAGCUAUCAUGAUGCCCAACUCCCAAGCUUUGAUCAGUAGCUUUUACCCCAACACCUUCAGAAAAUCAAUCUGUAUGUGUUUAUUCGGUGCUGUAGCUCCAAGUGGUUUCACUUUAGGUGCCUUCUUCAGUGCCAUCUUUGCCCAGUUCUCGUGGUGGCCCUGGACUUUCUGGGUUUGUGGAAUUGUCAGUUUCUUUGUUGCCAUAUGUGCUUACUUCGUUAUUCCAAAUAAGAUCGGGACCAGGUCGAGUGUUUCUUUUGACUUUUAUGGUUCUACUGCUGGAGUUGCAGGUAUGGUGUUAAUUAACUUUGCCUGGAAUCAAGGUCCUGUAGUUGGUUGGGACAAGCCAUAUGUGUAUCUGAUGUUAAUUGUUGGUAUCUUCUGUAUCAUUGGAUUCCUCUUUAUUGAAAAGAAAGUCAAAGAUCCAUUAAUUUCACAGGAAGUAUUGAAGGGCGAAACUGGAGCUGUUUUAUGUUGUAUUGCAGCUGGUUGGUCUACGUUUGGAAUCUGGUUGUUCUAUUACUUCAGAUGGUCAAUGCUUGUUGAUGGUGACACGCCCAUUCUUUCCGUUACUAAGAGUUUAGUUGUUAUCUUUCCAGGCUUCAUUGCUGCUCUUUCGACUGGAUACUUGGUACAUAGAAUACCUUCUUCUUUCAUAUUGCUUAUAGCAAUGCUUGCCUUUUUCACAGGUAUUGUAUUGAUGGGCACCAGACCUGUUGGUCAGAUCUACUGGUCUCAGAAGUUCGUGAGUCUAAUUAUCGAGCCAUUCGGUAUGGACAUGUCCUUCCCAGCUGCAUGUAUCAUUCUCAGUGGAGCCUUGCCAGCCGCACAACAGGGUAUGGCAGGUUCUUUAGUUUCAACAUUUGUGAACUAUUCCAUUUCAAUUGGUUUGGGCAUAGCUGGAACGGUUGAAUAUUACGUUACCAAGAAUAUGGAACCUUCGCUAGAUACUACAGUCUACGGCAUGCGGCGUGCCUUCCAAAUGGGUUAUGGUUUGGCCGGACUUGGAGUCUUGAUAGCUUGCUCUUUCGUGUACAUUCAACUUGUACAAAGAAGAAAGGAAGCAAACCAAGAGAGUGUAGGAAAGAACCUGCUUGGCUGA